AGGACAAAAUCUAGAAAGAAAAUCCUUAGAAUAAAAAUCUCCUCCUCAACCAAUCUCUCCCUCGAAUGUAUAACCUUUCCUCUCUCAACCUACUUCUCAUCUUUGUAUAAAAUCAAAUUUGUAUUAUUUAGUGUUUGGGAUCAAUUGUUUUUCCAUUUUUCUGAAGCUCUUAGGGAAUUCCCAAAAGGAAAACCUCUUUCUAAGUUACUUCAUAGUGAAGGCUCGGGUGUGUGGAUUGUACCGAGUCGGUGAGACCGAGCAACAUAUAUAGGUUGUAUUCUUGGAGGAUCGUCUAAAACGAUGUGCGGCAACAUUUUUGAGGAGUUUGAGCAACAUAUAUAGGUUUCAAGUAGUGUAUCAUUGGAGGAUCCAACACAAGGUGGGACAACAUUUUUGAAGAGCACUCCGAGCAGCAUAUAUUGGUGUCAAUACUGUAUCUUUAGAGGACCCAACACAAGGUGGUACAACAUUUUGGGGAGUCCGAGCAAUAUAUCAUUAAAGGAGCCGACACAAACUGCGGCAACAUUUUUGAGGAGUUUGAGCAACAUAUAUAGGUUUCAAGUAGUGUAUCAUUGGAGGAUCCAACACAAGGUGGGACAACAUUUUUGAAGAGCACUCCGAGCAGCAUAUAUUGGUGUCAAUACUGUAUCUUUAGAGGACCCAACACAAGGUGGUACAACAUUUUGGGGAGUCCGAGCAAUAUAUCAUUAAAGGAGCCGACACAAACUGCGGCAACAUUUUUGGAUCCGAGCAACAUGUAUAGAUGUCAAGUAGUGUAUCAUUGGAGGAUCCAAUACACAAAGUGAUAGCAUUUUUGGAUAGUCGUCCGAGCAACAUAUAGAGGUUUCAAGAAAUGUAUCAUUGAAGGAUAUGAUACAAGGUGUGCCAACAUUUUUGGUGAGUCCGAGCAACAUAUAUUGGUGUCAAGUAGUGUAUCAUUGGAGGAUCCAACACAAGGUGUGACAACAUUGUCGGAGAGUCUGAGCAAUAUAUAUAAGUGUCAAGUAGUGUUUCAUUGGAGGAUCCAACACAAGGUGUGACAACGUUUUCGGAGUCUGAACAAUAUAUAUAUAAGUGUCAAAUAGUGUAUCAUUGGAGGAUCCAACACAAGGUGUGACAAUAUUUUCGGUGAGUCUGAGCAAUAUAUAUGUGUCAAAGUAGUGUAAUUGGAGGAUCCGACCGAUACAAGGUGGCGCAACAUUUUUGGAUAGUCCAAGCAAUAUAUAUAGGUGUCUAGUGGCUUUCACACCAACCUGUCCAUUGAACCUUUGUUGAACUAUUGAGGAAUAUAAAUGAGAAGAUAUGGAACAAGCUGUAAAUUUCAAGUAAAUAUAGUUAUCGCAUUUCCAGAAAUAAUUACUAUCCCAUAAAGGGAAAAUACAAUAAAGAAAUAGAGUUAAGGAUAAUUGAUCUAACUUUUAAAUAGAGUUCCAUAGUUUAUGCUUUUAGGGAUGUAAAAAAAUCACAUUUUGAAUGGCAUCUGCCUUGCUUCACAUACAAACAAAUUACAAACAACAAACUUUGGCCUGCAUUAUCCAUAUACCAAAUUCUUAGGACUAAUCUAAAGAAUAUUACAACACUGAUCUUUAUAAGAUCCAGCUACCUUAGAAUAUAAACAUGUAUGCAAUUAUGCAUAUUGAGAUCCUUGAUUUCAUCAAACCUCUAGAAGUGCAAACUAUAAGUAUCAAUAAUCCACAUUCUCUAAUGCCUCUUGCAUAAGGUGUUGGAAUUCAUACUAUUUCAAUCCUCCCUUAAGAUGUUAAACAAACUCUUUGGUGGCAAGAAACGGAACUCAGCGGCCAAGGGGAGAACUAAUCCUUCUCCCAGCCGCCAUGGUCGGCCUAAGUAUGGCUCGUUCUGCAUGCCAGAGCGGUCGGAUAACCCUCCUCUAGGCCACCACGGUCCACUUAAAUCAGUCUCGUUCUCCAUGCCAGAACGGUCAGAUAACGCUCCUCUAGGCCACCAUGGUCCGGCUAAGUCAGUCUCGUUCUCCAUGCCAGAACGGUCAGAUAAUCCUCCUCUAGGACACCAUGGUCCGGCUAAAUCAGUCUCAUUCUCCAUGCCAGAACGGUCAGAUAACCCUCUUCUAGGCCGCCAUGGUCCACCUAGAUCAGUCUCAUUCUCCAUGCCAGAACGGUCAGAUAACCCUCCUCUAGGACAUCACGGUCCACCUAAGUCAGCCUCAUUCUCCAUGCCAGAGCGGUCAGAUAAUAACCAUCCUCGUGGACACCAUACUUCCGAUAAGUCAACCUUGUUCACCUCAGGAAGGUCAUCGGCGCCCUUAAAAAUCAUCCAUGCAGGUGGGAAAGCUGAAUACUACUACAUGGCAACCCCUGCAUACAGGAUUCUUGACAAAUACCCUUCUUUCAUUCUAGCCAAGCCUGAUGUAUUCAAAAAACCUUGGGAUUCAGUAGUCCACAAAGAUGAAAUCCUCAUCCCAGGUCAAAAAUACUAUGUUGUCCCACAAUGUACCUUAAAGAAACUAAGGAAAAGAAUCAAGAAAUCCUCACAAGAUUCAUCCAAGUCACAAUACACUAGUAUUAUCAAGAACAAGUCAUCUAGUGAUAAAAAUAAGGCGCGGAAUAAUCAUCAUGUUAGUUUCUUUGGGAUUGAUUGUAAGCAAGAUUCAUCAUGUUCAGUCUUAUUGGAGAUCAACAAGGAAAAUGAAGAGGUAAAUCAUGAGAAAAUCUUGAAUGAUCCACAGGGGAACAGGACUAGUAGGAAUGUAAUAACAUGGCAGCCAACACUUACUGUGAUAAAUGAGAAGUGAGAAGCUAAGUUGCUCAGAUUCUUCAAAAAUGUUGCCGCAUCCUUCAAAAGUAGAACAUUUUUGGAGGAUCUGAUACGGGUGUGGCAACAUUUUUGGAGAGUCCGACGACUUAGGUGAGAAGUACUAUACAUACUACUAUAUGAUACUGAUUCUUGAUGAAUAAAAA